CCCGGGCCCCCUCAGCCCCGGUCCCCCCCCCCUCGGCCCCGGGAUCCCCGCGGUCCCGAACCCCCUCUCAGGCCCCAUCUCUCCUCAGCCGUGGGGCUCCCCGAGGCCCCCAUCCCCCGUCAGACCCCGCUGCUGGGCCUGCCGUGGGUGGGAGGGGGUUGCGGGGAGCUGCCGUGCGGGGGUUGGCGUGAGCCGGGGCCUGUCCUUCCCCAGGGCGCGGCCCCCGCUGGCUCCCGAGGGCUCAUCCCGGAGACACGGAGUGGGCGGCUGGUUCUCCCUCGGGGCUGAAGCCAUGAAGAUCAACCAGAACACGGUGCUGCAAGGACAGAGGGUGACCCUGGUGCCCUACACCUCUGCACACGUGCCCCGGUACCACGAGUGGAUGCAGUCGGAGGAGCUGCAGCGCCUGACCGCCUCGGAGCCGCUCAGCCUGCCGCAGGAGUACGAGAUGCAGCGCAGCUGGCGGGACGACGCAGACAAGUGCACCUUCAUCGUGCUGGACACGGAGCGGUGGUGCGGGCAGGGGCGCACGGAUCAGGACUGCAUGGUGGGAGAUGUCAACCUCUUCCUCACUGACCCUGAGGACCCCACCUUGGGAGAGAUUGAAAUUAUGAUUGCAGAGCCCAGCUACCGAGGCAGAGGGUUUGGCAAGGAGGCAACUCUGAUGAUGAUGUCCUAUGGAGUGAAAAACCUGGGGAUCACUAAAUUUGAGGCAAAGAUUGGUCAGGAAAAUGAACCCAGUAUCUGCAUGUUCAAAAAGCUUCAUUUUAAGGAGGUUGCUGUGAACAGUGUUUUCCAAGAGGUGACACUGAGGCUGGAUGUCAGUGACCAGGAGAAAUGGUGGCUCCUUGAACAGACAAACCACGUGGAGGAGAAGAGCUACACUGAAGUGAAGCUGCCAGAUGAAGUGCUGGAGACCUGACAGACACAUCCAGACAGGGGCCUGGCUUCCAGGGAGGAGCUGGACACAGCGUGUGGAGGACACCAGUGAGCCAGCACUGCACUUGACUCUUCUCAUCUGUCUUCUUGGGUUACUUUGUCAUCUUGUGAACUUUGCACAUUGUUGCAGCAGCUAGGAAUACUGCCUGAAAUUUGGACCUGGAAAACAGCCACUAAUUCACAGCCUUGACUGGGAGUCACUGUAACUAACACACUGUUCCAGCAGAGCCUAAAAUCACCAGCAAUUAAUUGAAUCCUGAUGCUGCCAGUUUCUGGACAAGCAGCACCCACUGUUCCUCUUUCUCCUGCCUUAGAGCCAGAUUCAUCAGUUUGACAGAGUCAGUCUCAGGGUGCUGGUGGCUCAGUCUGUUUUCUCUUGAAUAAAAAAAUUGGCAAAGAUGAGGUACCCAAGCACCAUCUGGGAGCAGCAGGGCUCAGCUGCUGGCUUUGGCUGCUGAAGGGGUGGAUAGAAGCUGUGAAGGACCCCAGAGACCUUUGAACCCUGUGUCCUGGGCUGGGUUGUACUGCUGCGGUCUGGGUGAGCACAAGCAAAGGGCAAGUUAACGUGAUGAAAAUGAUUGAUACCAACUGACCAAGACUAGAGCAGAGCCUCCCCAGGAUCACAACAGAAAAGGGGACCUGCAAGAGGCUGCUGAGGCACAACCCUGUGAGUUUUAGACCUGUGCUUUGGACCUGAAAACCUCCAUGAUGGGACAUUGCACUUCAUUUUACCAGGAGAACACAACUGAAAGAAGACAGACUGGUCCCUGCUUCUUCAAGUAGCUCAGGACUUAGGCAGGAGCCAGCCAGGCUGCCUCUGCUGUGCUGUACCCGAGAUCUGCUGCAGAGGAGGCACUUGCCUGACUCCCCCUGGACAGAGUUUUUAAUGCAGCUAUUUAGCCUGGCCUUUCCUGCCCUAUGCAGCACAUUCUCCUCAGCAGGGAAGCUUUGUAAGAGGAGAGGACAGAAGGUAAGGAGGAUAACAGACGUUCCUGCCUGUUUUCCCACUGUAAAAGCAGCCAUAAUGGCUAAUUCUAGACAAGAAAUUAUUUGUUCCAAUUACAAAGCAUCAGAUAAUAGCUUUCAGAUUUGCCCAGGGGUGUUUUUGUCUGCAGUUGGUAGACUCUGAAAUGUUUAGUGUUGCUCUGCCUGUAUUUGUAAUGCCUGGGGGUUCUAGUUUUCCAUUUUUAGUUCAUUUAAAUACAUAAUUCCUGUGACGAACAUUAAAACCAAGCAUGGGAACAGUGUAUUUUAAACAAG